GACGGGCGGCCCAUCCAUAUGCGGUGGUCGAAAGGAACGCCCCCUGACUGAACUUGGCCCCAUGUUCCGGGCCUUACGAAAUGCUCCACGUAUUCUGGAAUGUCUUUUUUUUCUUUUCUUUUCGCAGAGAGGGGCGGGCUAGACCACUGCGACUGUGGACUACUUACGUGCCCACCGCCCACUUUCAGAAGUCGUUGUUCAAGCUGGCGUGCUGCUGCUGCUCUGCCACUCGACAUGGCCUGGGGAUGGGGACGGCGUGGCUGAGAUGCUUGCAAAAAAAGGAGUCAAUGUUAUUAAUGAGCAAGCACUGCUUGCUUGAGCCUAGUACGUUCGCAACGGAGACAACAACGCGGCCAAUGCCAACAUUUCCCACCAGGACAAAAAGGCAACGUGGAAGAGAUCGAGCGUUUCCAACGUCUGUUCUCAUCAGACUCUGCAGGCGACAAAAGCAAGCAAGCAAUCUAAGACCGACUCAGUCGAUGCUGCGACUUUAUUUUGCGACGCAUGAGAUGCAGCAGAGAGAGAGCUUCACUGCUACUUUCCUGACUCGUAUCGACUGACCACUUGGAGAUGACACUGUUUGGGGUAGAAUGAGAGGGACAUUGAGGACGUUGAGAGCACAAAACCAAAAGAAAAAACACGAGAAGCAGUUCUUAGUCUGUCCUGCGGGAAGUUGGAACG